UCUCAGCUUUCAUAAUGUGCAUAACAUACACUAAAUUCUCCAAAUUCUCCAUUUCAAAUAUUGACUUUUCAAUAUUUUUUUUAGUAGCUGCAAAUAAGUCCAAAAGCCACUACGACAAAAGAAUUUACUACUCUCCUUUUUCAAAGAUAAUUAGUUAGAGAAAUUUGAAUUUCCCUUGUUUGUUCUUGAAAUUCUAGGCAAUUAUAGAUUCUUGGGUUGCUUCUUUUUGAAAAAUUUAAAAGUUAAUUCUGAUUUCUGAAGUUUUGUUCAUUUCUUGAUUUCUAUGGUCAUUAAUUUCCUCAAGAAGAUAACUAGGUCUUGAAUUUGUGGAGAGGAGAAGUAGUUAAUAUUAGGUAGUUAGGAUUUUGGUAGAGGUUCACGGGAAAAUUGGGAUUGUCACAAGAAAGGUAUCAAGGGAAAAGGCACCGAUUUUCAACUGCCUUCAGUGAUUGCAGCUCAAGUGUUUGUCGAUUUGUCUUUCUUAGAAAUUAGUGUAGUCAGUAUAAAAGUUACAGGAUUUAUGCUGUGUUUUAUCAGAGAAAAACACAAGUUAGUUCUUCCUAUUGAUAUCCAAUUUGUGUUCUUGAAAUGGAGCAUUCUGCAGCAGAUAAGGAUCCUAAAGCUGUAGAAUUUGCAAAGGAUAAGAAUGGAGUUGGUCAAGUUUUGCUUCGAAAUCCACGUGGCGCCUCUGUUCGAGUUAGCCUGCAUGGAGGACAGGUUCUUUCUUGGAAGAAUGACCAUGGUGAAGAAUUACUUUUUAUAAGCAGUAAGGCAACUUUUAAGCCGCCAACAGCUGUGAGGGGAGGAAUUCCGAUUUGUUUCCCACAGUUUGGAAACCGGGGCUCCCUCGAGCAACAUGGAUUUGCCAGAAAUAGGAUGUGGAUCAUUGAUGAUAAUCCUCCUCCUCUACACCCUAAUGAUUCCAAUGGCAAAGCGUAUACUGACUUACUACUUAAAUCAUCUGACGACGAUCUUAAAGUCUGGCCUCAUGGUUUUGAAUUCCGGCUGAGAGUAACUUUGGCUGUUGAUGGAUCUCUUACCCUGAUAUCACGCAUCAGAAAUGUCAAUUGCAAGCCGUUUAGUUUCUCCAUUGCAUACCAUUCAUAUUUUGCUCUCUCAGAUAUCAGUGAAGUGAGAGUGGAAGGCUUGGAGACUCUUGACUACCUUGACAACUUGUGCAACAGAGAACGUUUCACUGAGCAAGGAGAUGCCUUAACAUUUGAAACCGAGGUGGAUCGAGUUUAUCUUAGUUCAUCAGAUGUGAUAGCAAUUUUUGAUCAUGAGAAAAAGCGGACUUUUGUGAUAAAGAGGGAAGGGCUUCCUGAUGUUGUGGUUUGGAAUCCAUGGGAGAAGAAAUCUAAAACCAUAGCAGAUUUUGGAGAUGACGAGUACAGACAUAUGCUUUGUGUAGACGGAGCAGCAAUCGAGAAACCAAUCACCUUGAAGCCAGGUGAAGAAUGGACUGGAAGGUUGGAACUGUCCGUCAUGCCUUCAAGUUGAAGGAUCGCUAACAACAACAAUGUCCUAAGCCACGAGCUGAGUCUCGCGUCCCAAGUUAAACACAGAAUUCAUGCAACGUAUGGCCUCCUUAAUAUUAGCAGCGAAGUCGUACACUAAGAACCAAUAUCAAUGUAUUAUUGGUGUGAAUUUGUAGUACUUAGAUGAUUGAUGUUUGAAAGUUCCAUUUGUUAUUCUUGUGUAUGUGUACAUGUAAUGGAAUUGGGGAAAGGUCCUUUUUAAUGUUUCCCCUCAACAUUGUUGUAAUUUGAAUGGCUACUUCAUAAAUUGCAGAAAUGAGUUACCUUAUGCA